AGCAGAGGGGAGGGCAGGGGAAGAUUUUCCACUCCGGGUUUUGCUUUUGGUGGGUGGUUUUUUGUUUGUUUUUUUUGCUAGCCUCGGCUGCCGCUGCUGGCCGCGGCGGUGUUUCCUCCAGCGGGGACAGGCCGGCUCUGAGCCGCCCCCUCUGCGGCGGGAGCGGCUCUCGCUCUGGGAGGGUGCGCGCGCGCGCCUGGGAGGGCGCGCGAGGCUCCGGGUCGGUGUGUGCGUGCGCGCGCACCGGCUGUGUCUAUCUAUAUAUACCCGAGCGGGGAGGCUGCUUGGAAGCGUCUGUCAGCCCCGCUGCUCUGUGCGGAGGGAAGGACUGCGCUGCAGUGGCGGCAGCAGCAUUAACAACACCAGUGUCUUUGCUCCCUUCCCCCCUCUUCUUUGCCCCCCUCCCCAUUCCUUCCCCCUCUUGUGAGUGUUUUAUUAUUUUCCCCGCUCCUUGCUUCUUCCUUCGGCUCUUCUUCGUCUUCUUUUUUAUUUUUUUGCGUCCGAGGGCGGCGCGCACACAGCAAGAAGGGAAAGAAAAGUAUUGGGGCUUACCCUGUGCUGCUCCAAACCCAGAGGCAGGAGGCGAAGAGGGGGUUUGGCUUCUCCCCCAAGGCAAAGCCCUGCCCCACCCCCAUUGCCUCCUCACAGCAAAGAGAGAGGGACGGAGGAAAAGUGGAGGAAAGCAGCUAUUCUGCGGCUGGCCUUUGGAGUAAAGGGAGCCGGGAAGGGAAGGAUGGUUGUGGUUCCCCGAGCCGGCUGCAGGGCAGCCCUCUUCCUCUGGAUUUUCAGCAGCAUCAGCUGCAGAGCCAGGACGGCGCUCCCUGCAUCCCAAAAAUGUGAUGAACCACUGCUCUCAGCAUUAUCCCACUCCUCCUUCAGCAGUUCAUCAUCUAUGGCUAGUAGCUAUGCACCAGGGUAUGCAAAGCUGAAUAAAAGAGGAGGGGCUGGAGGCUGGUCUCCAUCAGAUAGUGACCAUUAUCAGUGGCUGCAGGUGGAUUUUGGGAGCAGGAAACAAAUCAGUGCUAUUGCAACGCAAGGCAGAUACAGCAGCUCCGAUUGGGUGACUCAAUACCGGAUGCUCUAUAGUGAUACAGGGAGAAACUGGAAGCCAUAUCACCAGGAUGGAAACAUUUGGGCAUUUCCUGGAAAUACAAAUUCUGACAGUGUGAUCCGGCAUGAUUUGCAGCAUCCAGUUAUAGCCCGCUAUAUUCGCAUAGUUCCUCUGGAUUGGAAUGGAGAGGGCCAAAUUGGGCUGAGAAUUGAGGUCUACGGCUGCCCAUACUGGGCCGAUGUUAUCAAUUUUGAUGGCCAUGCUGUGUUACCGUACAGAUUCAGGAACAAGAAAAUGAAAACAUUGAAAGACGUCAUCACUCUGAAAUUUAAAACCUCUGAAAGUGAAGGUGUCAUCUUCCAUGGUGAAGGGCAGCAAGGAGACUAUAUCACCCUGGAACUGAAAAAAGCCAAGCUGGUCCUUAAUUUAAAUCUAGGUAGCAACCAGUAUGGCUCAAUUUAUGGUCACACAUCCGUGAUGACAGGCAGCCUCUUGGAUGACCACCAUUGGCACUCCAUUGUCAUAGAACGUCAUGGGAGGAACAUCAAUCUAACACUGGAUAGGCACAUGCAACAUUUCAGAACCAAUGGGGAAUUUGAUUACCUGGACCUGGACUAUGAGAUAACCUUUGGUGGCAUGCCUUUUUCUGGGAAGCCAAGUUCAAAUAGCAGGAAAAACUUCAAAGGCUGUAUGGAAAGCAUCAAUUACAAUGGUAAUAAUAUCACAGACCUUGCCAAGAGGAGGAAAUUGGAACCUUCUAAUGGGGGAAACUUAAGUUUUUCGUGUGUGGAACCACAUACGGUGCCUGUCUUUUUCAAUGCUACCAGUUACCUGGAAGUGCUUGGUCGCCUGAAUCAGGACCUGCUUUCAGUCAAUUUCCAGUUUCGGACCUGGAACCCCAAUGGACUUCUCCUGUUCAGCAACUUUGCCGAUGGAUUGGGUAAUGUCGAGAUUGACCUGACUGAAGGCAAAGUCAGUGUUCACAUCAAUGUCACCCAGGUGAAGAAGAACCGAAUAGACAUCUCAUCAGGCUCAGGACUCAACGAUGGGCAAUGGCAUGAAAUCCGGUUUCUAGCUAAGGAAAACUUUGCUGUCCUCACUAUUGAUGGAGAUGAAGCCUCAGCAGUUCGAACAAACAGUCCUCUGCAAGUUAAAACUGGGGAGAAAUAUUUCUUUGGAGGGUUCCUUACACAAACAAAUGACUCAGAUCGUUCCCUGCUCCAGCUCUCAUUUCAAGGAUGCAUGCAGUUUAUUCACGUGGAUGAUCAACUGGUGGAUUUGCAUGCAGUGGAGCAAGGCAAACUGGGAAGCUUUGCCAAUGUCAGCAUUGAUAUGUGUGCCAUUAUUGACAGGUGUGUUCCCAAUCACUGUGAACAUGGUGGCAAAUGCUCCCAAACGUGGGACAGCUUCAAAUGUACUUGUGAAGGAACUGGAUACAGUGGCGCCACCUGUCACAACUCUAUUUAUGACCUCUCCUGUGAAGCAUACAAACACCUGGGCAAAACUUCAAAUUAUUACUGGAUAGAUCCAGAUGGCAGUGGGGCACUGGGACCUUUGAAAGUUUACUGCAACAUGACAGAGGAUAAAGUGUGGUCAACUGUGUAUCAUGAUCUGCAGAUGCAAACUUCAGUGGUAGGCAAUGGCCCGGAAAAGUACUCUGUAUUACAGCUCAAUUACAGUGCCACCAUGGAUCAGAUCUCUGCCAUCACCAGUAGUGCUGAAUACUGUGAGCAGUACAUCUCCUAUUCCUGCAAGAUGUCAAGGCUGCUGAACACCCCAGGGAAGCGAGUCGUUGAGCAAGCUGGCUUUGAUUGA